CUCAGGCGCAGAGAAAACAGGCGUGUGCCCUGCGCUAGAGGCGGAUGUGAACUGUAUGAAGAAGAGCCUGACAGAUGUGGAAUGCGCUGACAACCUCAAGUGCUGCCGGCCAGCUGCUCUACCGUCUGCCAGAUGCCCAGCGCGGGGAUGUGAAAAGCUCUGUCAGCCCCCAGCCCUCCUCAGAAGCCCUCCUGCAAGGCCAAGAAGAUGAGCCGCCUCUGCCUCUCAGCAGCCUUCCUGGUCCUCCUGGGCACCCUGGUGCUCAGCACCCCGGUUGCCAAAAACUGUCCUAACCCACCCUCACUGCCUGCCUUCUGCCUGGAGCCUCCCUACACAGGACCCUGCAGGGCCUCGUUCCCCAGGUACUUCUACAAUGCCAGCUCUGGGUUCUGUGAGACCUUUACAUUUGGUGGCUGCAGAGGGAAGAAGAACAACUUCCCGGAUGAGGAGAAAUGCAUCUUCAUCUGCGGUCGCCCUCGUAAGAACUAG